AUGUCCGAGUCCGAAGUCAACCCCAAGGCCUUCCCCCUCGCCGAUGCUGCGCUUACCAACCAGAUCCUUGAUCUGGUGCAGCAGGCUUCGCACUACAAGCAGCUGAAGAAGGGUGCGAACGAGGCGACCAAGACGCUCAACCGUGGUAUCUGCGAGUUCAUCGUGAUGACCGCGGACGUCGAGCCGAUUGAGAUCGUGCUGCACCUGCCCCUGCUGUGCGAGGACAAGAAUGUGCCCUACGUCUUCGUCCCCUCGAAAAUUGCCCUCGGCCGCGCCUGUGGCGUGUCGCGCCCGGUCGUCGCCUGCAGCGUGACCACGAACGAGGCCCGCGAGCUCCAGAGCCAGAUCCAGACGAUCAAGCUUGCGAUCGAGCGUCUCCUGAUCUAA